CCCCGAGCCGCCCACCCCUCCCUGGAAUUCCACUCCACUUCCACGACGGAGCGACCACGACACAGGCCUAACUGUAUGCCUGUCUUCGCCCGGGCUUCUUCGUAACAACAUCGUUCUUUUUGCGACACUCACCCUAUACAUUCGUUCACAAUGUCGCCGCCUGCAUCGCCACGGGGAAACGCUCCUCCACACAUCCGCUUGAACUCAGGAACACAAGAUGCAUUCAAUGCACAGCGGCCUGGCAUAUCCCGCAAGGCGCCUCCUCGAUCUCUAACGCAACCGCUAAGGCCCGCCACUCCUGGUGGCCCUCGGUCACCCUCAUCACCGUCCCCUUCGUUCGCUCAAAACGCCGGUGCUGCCGAAGCUGCGGAGCUAUUGUUACCUCCUGCGAAGUCCAGAACUCGUCCUUAUAGGGAUGAAUCUCCUCUACGGUCCCCGUCCGCGAUGUCUUCACGGCGCACAAGCUGGGAUUCAGAGUCUGUGAUGAGCUCUGACUCGCGGUUAGGGCCCUUUGCGUCACCGUUUGAUGAUUCAAGGGCUCCUUCGAGGAUUGGAAGCGAGGAGGAUCUUAAUACGCAGACUGUGUCGGAGAAGUACAAUAUCAUGCCCUCGGCGGGACUGUUGCUGUUUCCCGAGGAUGUGGAGAAGGACGAUUGGCUGCACAACCCGGAUCCAAACGAGAAGGAGAAACGCGACUGUGAUAUAUUCACAAAAAGAGGUUUGGUAAAUGUUGGAGCUCUAGUCCUCCUCACACUGGGAAUACUUGCGCUGUUCAUAGGGUACCCUGUGGUAACCUUUGUUGACAGGAUCACCCGGCCUGAGCUUACACCUUGCUCAAAUAACCCGCUGUGUAUACCGGGAAAGGAGAAUGAGCCGCUGUUGAAGAACAUUCGCACAGGCCUCAUUGAUCCUGACACGCCGAAGAGUGCGAUGACGCGGAUAGCGGCCGAUGGGACAAAACAGGUUCUUACAUUCUCCGACGAGUUCAACAGAGAGGGCCGGACUUUCUACGAUGGCGAUGAUGCGUAUUUCCAGGGCGUUGAUAUCUGGUAUGGAGCUACGCAGGAUCUAGAGUGGUACGAUCCUGACGCCAUUACGACCGGCAACGGCACCCUGAACAUAAAGUUCGACGCGUUCCGAAAUCAUAAUUUGGACUACCGAUCAGGGAUGCUGCAGUCUUGGAACAAGCUGUGCUAUAAGGGCGGGCAUAUCGAGGCUAGCAUUUCAUUACCCGGAAGGGGUGAUAUCAUUGGUUUCUGGCCUGGUUUUUGGACAAUGGGGAACCUCGGCCGUCCUGGCUACCUGGCCACUACUGACGGUAUGUGGCCGUACAGCUACCAUGACGAGUGUGAUGUCGGGAUCACGCCGAACCAGAGCUCGCCGGAUGGUAUCAACUAUCUCCCUGGAAUGCGUCUACCUGCUUGCACUUGCACAGGAGAGGAUCACCCAAACCCUGGGAAGUCCCGAAGCGCACCCGAAAUCGAUGCUUUGGAAGCUUCAGUGAGGUUUCUGGAGCCGAACAGCCAACGGGGUGUUGGCCAAGUGUCUCAGAGUUUCCAGGCUGCUCCGUUCGAUAUCUGGUAUCAACCCGACUAUGAUUUCCUUGAGAUCUACGAUCACUCCAUCACGGAAAUGAACACAUACAGGGGUGGUCCCUACCAACAAGCCAUCUCCGGUCUCACCAACCUGAACAAUAACUGGUAUGACGGCAAGCAGUAUCAGAAGUAUGCUUUCGAGUAUAAAACGGGCGAAGAUGGCUACAUCACCUGGUAUGUCGGGGAUGACAAGACUUGGACGAUGGAUGCGCGUGCUAUGGGGCCCAAUGGCAAUAUCGGCAGACGAGUCAUUCCUGAGGAGCCGUUAUCGGUCAUUGCAAACUUCGGCAUGUCCAACAGUUUCGCCUGGAUCAAUCUCGAGGAAAUCAAAAAGCUUCUUCCGGCAACCAUGCGCAUCGACUACAUCCGCAUCUACCAGGAUGAAGGAAACGAAAUGAUGACCUGCGAUCCUCCGGGCUACCCGACGACCGAGUAUAUCCGGAAGCAUCGCAAGCCGUAUAACAACCCUAAUUUGACCCAUUGGGAACAAGCGGACUUCGACUGGCCCAAGAAUACCUUCAUGCACGGCUGCAAAUGAGAAUGAGGCACCUUGUCCUUACUCUAAUGCUUCGAGCAUGCUUUAAGGCGACAGUCGAAUCCUCUGUUAAGACCGAGUAUUAUGGCGCACCGGUGCACCCUUUCAGACGCCCUUUUGACGCUGUCCAUUUCCCACAAACACCAGUGUUUCCUUUGGUUCCCGAUCAA